ACCAAAUCACCUCAAUCUUUCUUUUCUCUUUGUUUUCUCGUUCCCCCCGCCUGAUCCAAAAAGAGAAACAAGUACAAGUAAUAUUCGUCUGUUCUUUUAUUAGUUCCUGAAUUCCUAUUUCAGUUCUUCGUAUUCUCUACAUGUUCCGUUGUCUUGGAUGUCUUUGGAAAGUCUCACUUUUACACCAGCCCUACAAGGACCCAGCCAACGACUUGACAUCCAAUCUCAGAAACAUCAUUGCAAUUAUAUAUGCGCUGUUCAUUCAUGCCCUUGCCUAUGGCCUCAAAACACUAAAGUCACUACUACUGCUGCUUAUAUGAAUCCUUCGCGCCCACUGCGACCAACACUCGACAACCCCGAGCUCUUUUGUUCACCAAACUCCACACGAGUGCAGCUUGCGUCGGCAAAAGUGCUGACCGAUUGCUUGAUCAUCCAAUCGGCCAUAUCGAGACCCUAGGUGCAUAGUAGCUGCAUCUUAGUCUUCAGGUUGAUCAAAUUUGGGGUCCGCUCUUUGACUUACACGGGUUAAUGGCGGUCGAGAACUGACUCUUGGAGAUUUGAAAAUCAUAUCCACUGCAUCAACCUUGGAUCCUACUAUUCGCCAGUGUUGAGGUUUUAGGUUAUACGGCUUCUGGAUGUUUUCCUAAGAAGCUAUUCGCCUGAAACUUCUGGUUUAUGUCCAGAAGAAGAAAGACUAUCACAACUUGAAAGAGGAUAAAGACAUUAACAAACAGAAACAACAUUGUUUUUGUCUUAUCACAAACCAAUCAUUCUAUAUCAGUCAAUUUGACUUAUACGAUAACCAUGCUGGGGCCACAACGGCCAACACCAACGCGUGGCGCUCACGACAUGGCAUUUACCGUUACCCCACGACAUAACAGUCACUCAAUACCGAACCCCUCCUUUCCCACGCACAAUUCGCCGCGAACAUGGCUCCUCACUUCAGCUCUCUCCCCCCUGUCCGUCCGACUCAUCCGGCUACUGCUAUCACAUGGCGACUACGUUGUCGCAUGUUUACCGCCCUACGAGAUCGAUCAUGAGGACCGCAGCGCCGAGUUUCGCGAGCUCGUGAAUGAGUGUAAGAGCUCCAGAAAGGAUCGCGAGGGGUGGAAGGAUCGUAUACGUGGUAUCCGAUGCGAUGGGGCUGCCAUGGGAAGCUGUGGAGCUGCUGUCGCCGAGGCUGUGCAGGUCUUUGGGCGGAUCGAUAUCCUGCUAUGCUGUAAAUCCGAUGCUGUCGUGGGAACCGUAGAGGAGCUAUCAACAACUCCAUUCACGCAAAACCUUGUGCGCGACCAGUUCGAGUCCGUCUUCUUCUCCCAGGUCAACUUUAUCAGAGCUGCUCUCCCUCAACUACGGUCUCAGCACACAGGGCAUAUCAUUGUUCUAACAAGUACCGGCGGGCACAUUGGCACACCAGGCAUGUCGAUAUAUACGGCUGCGACAUGGGCUCUCGAAGGGUUCUGCGACUCACUUGCGUACGAGAUUGCGCCCUUCAACAUCAAAGUUACCGUUGUUCAACCAAACAAGGAGAUUCUUUCCUUGACUAAUCGCCUCACCUUUGCGCCUCAAAUGCCUGCGUAUGAUCAAUACUCAGAAACAGCUCCGAGCAUUCGCGACAUUCUCGCCAACGUUCUCAACACUCAUCCAGAUACAGCUCUGCCAUACCCCACAUCACCAGCUGACUACGGACCUUCACCUAUGUCCCCCGCCAGUACUUCCCUCGAACCAGAUGCAGCGCCUGGUGAGAUUUUACAUCGCUACCCCAAAUUACCGCCCGGCGCAGCAGAUAAACUGGUCAUGGAGACCGUUCAUGCUCUUUCGGCAAUUGGUGGGCAUGAAAACCCCCCAGCACGACACAUUGUCGGUCACGAAGCUGCUGUCGCAGUAAAGGAGAAGCUCAAAACUGUCACUGAAGAGCUUGAAGAUUUCGUAGAAGCGAGUUUGUCUGUUGAUACCUUUGAGAGUGAGCUGCAAGCCGAGGCAAGGGAGAGAAAGCCGUCAGAGCAAAGUCCCCAAGGACCGCCAUCAUCAGUUGGUUGAAAACGAUGAAGUAAAUUUCGAACAGCUGUUCAUUGGGACAGGAUUAAGCAUUUAGUUGUUAGUUGUAUUUCGGCAAAAGUUGGAAAGGGUGUUAGAGGCCAAAAUCGCGAUACCCCAGGAGUAUAGGAGAUUCUUCGUGGGCCAAGCUUUUGAGAUACCACGGGGUUUCAGUGCUGACCAUCAAAGAAUUGAUACCCAUUUUGGAACAUUCUCAUCAGCCAUAAAACAGUAACAAUAAGUGAAGUGUUGACGUG